AUGGUGAAAUCAUUGAAGAAGAAGUAUAACUUGAACCUGUUAGGAUUGAUUGAAACAAAAAGAGAAAUGCUUACUAAAUAUGAUGUUGCAAGGUUGUGGGGGAAUAAUUCGGUUGGAUGGGAGUUUGUGGAAUCCGAAGGGGCGGCGGGGGGUCUAUUAUUAAUGUGGGAUGAGGUAGAAUUUAAAGUUCAGAAUUGUCAGAAAGGUGAACGGUGGCUGUGCGUUGAAGGAAUGUUAACAAAGUCUAAUUUUCUGUGCGCUUUCUGCUUGGUGUACGGAGCACAUGGGAGGGAGGAAAAGCGCGGGGUAUGGGAAGAACUGAGUUAUGUGGCGGGCUUGUAUCAGGUUCCUUUCUGUUUCUUAGGAGACUUUAAUGAAAUUCUGCAAAUAGAGGAGCGAAAAGGGGUGACUAGCUUGUCGGCAUCGUCAGAGGAUUUUAAGAGAUGGAUGCAUGAUAUGCAGCUGAUUGAUUUACCUCUUACGGAUAGGCAUUACACUUGGUUUCGGGGUCGGUCCUGUAGUCGGAUUGAUAGGGUGUUGGUCAAUGUUGAGUGGACUGAGAAGUUCCUGGAUAUUCGGCUAAAAAGGGUGGCCCGCGAGGGCUGUCUGAUCACUGCCCGUUGA